AGCGGUAUCCAUCUCACACACAAUCUCAUCGUGGCGUUCCGAGCAAGUCUACGCAGCAUGACGAACUUCCAGAUCAACGUUGUCAUCGACACCGUGUGUCCAUGGUGCUAUGUGGGCAAAAAGCGCUUGGAGAAGGGAAUUGCGGCCUACAAGGAGAAAUACCCUGACUCCAACGACACCUUCUCCACCUCAUGGUUUCCCUUCUACCUCAACCCGGAUGCGCCAAAGAGCGCAGACAAGCAGCAAUUGUACGAGUCCAAGUUUGGCAAAGAACGCACAGCAAUGAUGCAGGUGCGCAUGUCAGAGCUUGGCAAGGCUGAAGGUAUUAAUUUCAAAUACGGCGGCAAAACGGGAAACACACGCGACUCUCAUCGUCUUCUCCAGCUGGGCAAAACAAAGGGCCCUUUGGUCCAGACGCGUAUAAUCGAAGAGCUCUUUGCCGCGUAUUUUGAGAAUGAAAAGGACAUUACGAGCCGAGAUGUCUUGACCGAGGCUGGUGUCAGGGCUGGACUUGACAAGAAGGAGGUCAAGGAGUGGCUGAAGUCAGACCAGGGUGGACCCGAAGUGGACAGGGAGGUCGUGCAGGCCAGACAGCAGCACAUCACUGGCGUUCCCAACUUUACCAUCAACGACAAGUACGAAAUAGGAGGCGCGCAGGAACCAGCUGCUUUUGUUCAGAUUUUCGAGCGUUUGAAGAAGCAGGAAGGCAGUCUGUGAGCAAAGACUACUUGGUCUGUAUCCUAAACAAAUCCAUGUAAUCACAUGCAAGUCUGGA